AUGAACAUUAUUCUGGACCCAGAGCAGUUGUCCUGGGGACAAGCUUACGCCAACAACUGUGAGCCUACCAAACUGCUGGAACGGCUCGCAAAGUACCCCCAUAUCCCAACACGUGAAGCCAAUAGUUUCGAGGGAGUACCUCUGCCAGAGGCCAUCAUAUUCGAGGAGGAGGGUACGACUGACUUGGGGACUUUGAGAUGUCUCCCUAACGAAGUCGUGGACAUGAUUGUUAACAAAUUAGACGUGCCCAGUGCCAUCAGUCUAUCAUAUGUCAACCGUACCGCCAAUGUCUUUGUUCAGAACAGCUCCUUUUCAUUUCUGAGGCGAUGGACUCCUGGCCUGCCGAAGAUUCUCGAAGAGACCCAAAUCCAUAAGAACUGGUCCAUUUGUGAGCUUAAAGACGCAAUUCGCCGUGAAACGUGCAUGUCAUGUGGUGACCCGGCUGUUCAACUCUUCCUUCCUACGAUGGAGCGUAUCUGCCAUGCAUGCACGCACGACAACACCGCAUACUGGUGCCUUCCCAUUGAACAGGCAGGAUUAAUUUUCGCUCUUGACUUACCUGAUAUCAUUGACUUUCGAACCAUCUACCUGUCGAGGCUGAGCCUAAAUGGCCAGGGUUUUGGGGAUCUUGGUGCCUGGGUUGUUCCUGUCAAAGCGGUACUGGCCAGAGCCCUGGAGGUGUAUGGCAGCCGCAAGGCUAUUAAGCGUGCUGCGGAGGACAACUCUUCAAGUUCUGACGAAGACGCAGACGCAGAUGUAGAAGAAGGUAUCCCCAAUAACGAUGAAUUUGUGGUCGAAAACCAGAAUGACAUUUAUCGUGCUGCUUCCCUGACUAUCAACACCUCCCCACGGUAUUCACCUGACCUACCAGACAGUCUUGAGCCGCAGUCCUACCGGCAUGACGUUGUCUGUUGGGCACCUGUGGUGCCUCAUGGGAAUACCCGCACCCCCCUCCAGAUGUGCCGUGGCUGCACUGCCAUGCUCACACACCCUCGGAUAAGAGACAUAUCUGACAGCCACAUGAAGAUGAUGGGGCUUGACCCCGAAAUCGAUGCGCUUGAGCGAGGGUAUCAAAUCUACCGUCGUACUUUCCGUAUGCGGAGUGAGACCGAGAUGAUCCAGCAUGUUCGAACUGAGUGCCUCGGAGGUUGGAUCCUGCUUUAUGCAGAGUGUCUGAAUGAGGGGUUGCCCUGGUCAUGGGAAUAG